AUGGCAUUAAAGACCUUUGAACUUCGUAAGCAAUCCCAAGAGAAAUUGGGUGAGCAAUUGCAAGAGCUUCGCCAAGAGCUUGCCUCUCUCCGCGUGCAAAAGAUUGCCGGUGGUUCUGGUUCCAAAUUGUCUAAGAUCAAGACCACUCGCAAGGACAUUGCUCGUAUCUUGACCGUUAUCAACCAAUCCAACCGUCUUGCCGUUCGUGAGGCUUACAAGAACAAGAAGUACCUUCCUCUUGAUCUCCGUCAAAAGAAGACUCGUGCUAUCCGUCGUGCUCUUUCUCCUUAUGAAAAGAGCCGUAAGACCCUUAAGCAAGUCAAGAAGGAACGCCACUUCCCUCUCCGCAAGUACGCCCUCAAGGCUUAA